AUGCCGGUGAACGCCGAGCUUCAGGCCUUCUUGCUUCAGCGGAAGGUUGACCAGGCAAUUGUUGAUUACCUGGGUCGGGCAGAUGUGGGUUGUCUUUCGAUUCGCGCCUUUGCGAAUUGGGUUGACUCCAGAUCCGACAUCGAGCCCAAGAUCUUGGCCAAAAUUCCCAGCCACAAGGACAACCAAAGCCAACUGGCCCUGCUCAAGCAGGCAUGGCGCGAAGCUGAUGCUUUGGUCACUCGUCAGAUUGCCCGUCAGUCGCAGGGUUUGGCGCCCGAGGAUUUGGAUGAACCCUUGGACCCUGAUGUGCAGAAGUCCUACGUCUCCAUCUUCACAGCUUACCACAAGUGGGGUGAGAUUGACUCUCGCAGGAUUGGUAGCGAUUCCAUGUUUGGGCGGUUUCGGCGUGAGUUCGAAGCCCGUCAGCCCAGCAUGUUUCCUGUCCUGCGGGUACGUUCCCUCGCUACUGCCCAAAAGGCCCCGCCAGUCAAGAAGCAAAAGCUCGCAGAUGGCGUUUCCCUCGUCUCCAGCUCCGGCAAUGAGGAUAUGGAGCCUUCGCCGGCCCAGGGAAUUCAUGGCUAUCUCAUGUUGUUGGACGUCCUGGUGUUCACAUGGGCGGUCGCCGGCUGUUUCGAUGUGCCUUAUGAUGGUGGCGCCGUCAAGUACGCUUCGUGGCCAUUGCUGUCCCAAUAUGCGUUUCAGCUGGGGCAACGCGCUUGGAGGUUGUGUAGCCAGUAUACGGCCGAGUCCGUCCUUGAGUACAUUCAGGCCGUGGAGGAAGACUUCAGAGCCAAGGCCAUUGAAUGCGCUCGAGGAGGUUCGCAGAAACCUUGGGGUCAUGCGUUGGACUAUGUCAUCAGGGAGCACAGUUCCAUUUGGAAGGACCAUGACCAUGUUCUACAGCGCUCUGCCAGGCACGCAGCUCCAGCAAAGACUUCCUCAAACGCAGAUGCGGCGGCGAGCGAUCCUACGCCUUCGCGACCCAAGUGGCAAACAGCCAACUCAACUGCUGGUGGCUUUAAAAUCUGCAAGCGCAAUAAUGAUCGCAGAGGCUGUGAACAAAAGUGCCCCAGGGGUGAGGUUCAUUGUUGCGACAUCGUCCUACUUUCCGGCAAAGUUUGCGAGAAGAAGGAUCACACCAGGCGUGCGCAAUGUGAUGAUCCUGACGAUGUUGGCGUCGUUGUCCUGGAAAUAUGUGGAGGUCUGGCCCCGUUCCUCGCGACUGUCCACGAGAUGGGUUGCAGUGUCUGUGCAGCUUAUGUGCUGGACCUGCCUCAGCAUGCCUAUGACGUCUUGCAAAUACAACAUGGUUGCGUGGAGCACAUGGGAUCGAGUGCAUUGCUCUGUCUUGACUCACUGCGUGCCGUUGCCAGUCGUCAUGUUGGAGCUUCCUUCUUGUUUGCUUGCAGUGUGCUGCCGACAGGUGCAGACCCAUGCCAAGACGAACGCAAUUUGCGCGUGUUCCUUCGUGUUUUUGGCUGGCUCAAAGAGGUCCUCCAAGGGCGACUCUUUGCAUUGGUCCCGUCCUGCGCAGAGAACAUUGCAAGCGCGCAGGCGUGCAGGGCCCUUUUUCAGGCAGAUGUUGUCCGGUUUCCCGAGGAUGCCUGUUGCGUGGGCCGGCUCGCAGGCCUCCAGUGGUGGUGUCAUUCCCCGACUUGCGAUCUCCUGCCUUUGUCACGUGUGCUACCGCCGGAUUUGCCGAGCAUUCUACUACCGGGGUGGCGAACAACUGUGGAGGCACGCUGUCUCGCUCUGUUAUGUGAAUACCCAUCUCAGUCUUGCUGCAGUGCGUCCGGAGCACACCGCUGUUUGGUACCCCUGGAAAUGGAGCGCAUCGUCGGUUUUCCUGACCAUUACACGGCUCCUCUUCUGCGGACGCUCGAGGAUGAACCGCUACACCUUCUUGCGCAACGGCGCGCUCAGCUCUUGCAAGACGUUCUCCCUUUGCAGCUGGCGGAAGCUCUCCUUCGGGCGGUGGGCGUGGUUUCCUCUCAGCCGUGCUCUCCUCAUGAAGCUGAUACAGGUGAGUUGGACCACAAUUUCCGAGCCCUCACUGAAUAUGCGGACACCUAUAAGGAGCUGCGCCGACAGUGCCCAUAUAUUCAAGACCUUUGCGACCGAGGUAUGCCAACAGAUGAGCCGAUGGGACCUGGGCCAAUCGAGCAAAACUCCAGCAGCUCGGCUUCUGUAGCGUUGCUUGUGCAACAUCGGUCCCAAACAAGUGCUGCUGGGCAUUCAUCCCUGUUGCCAUUAGGUUUGGACCCGGUGUCGCAUUUCCAGUGUGGAGAGGUUGUUGAGUCGCCGCUCAGUCUGGAGCCCCCAGUGCCGGAUGAUCUUGACUUUGCGCUGCGAAAGUGCUUGGCGCUUGGCAAGAAAGCUCGGGCAUGGAGGCGGGCACAGUUCUCUCGCCUUCGAUCAAUAUGCGAAUCUGCCGAAGGCAUGGCCGACUCCCUUAAUUGUGCUCGAUCCAGCACCUCCCGCAAGGUCUCAGAGCAUGUUCAUUUGGACCGUUUGGAGCUCUCAAGGUACUCGAUUUGCUGGCCCGACAUCUUUUUGCUGGAGCUAGCCCAGAAAGGCGCGCUCAUUGUGGGGGAGCUUCCCCGCUCAAACAUCUACCGCGCGGCCUCUGUCGAGCCUACCGUGCCCUUGCAAGAUUUUGAAAACGGUCAUGAUGACUACGUGCAGAAGCUUGUGUCUCGCAGGCCGCCCCCUCCAGAGCAAGUUCGUGUUGUCUGGGAGAAGUCUGAGGUGGAACGCAAGUCAGGGACCUUGAGAGGCUACUGGACUGCUGCAGAGAUGGAUGCCCGACAUGGUAAAGGCAGGUGGCGCCCCAUGCCGCGAUUUGCUGUGUGGCAACAAGCUCACUCCAAAUGGAGACUCAUUGAUAACGCUAAAGAGUCUGACACCAACAGCACUCUUCAAGCUUGGGAACGCAUUCACACAACCUCCUCCUCAGCUUCCUUCGCAGCCGUCCGCCGACUUCGCAAUUUGCAUGGGGCGGCUCUCGACGGCGGCUGGGAGGUGCGAGUCAGCACUCAUGAUCUUGAGAAAGCAUACAGGCAAGUACCUGUCAAUCCCCAGCAUUUGCGAUACUCCAUCGUAGCCAUUUUCCACCCGGAACGACAGCAGUGGGUCUUUGCAGAAUGUGAUGGGCUGGCGUUCGGGCUCGGGGCGGCGGUUCUUGGUUUCAAUAGAAUCCCAACAUUCGUCGUUGCUCUGGCACGAAGAUGGCUGGCCAUACCGGUGUUUGCUUUCUUUGAUGAUUUCAAGGUCAUUGAUGUGGCGUGCAGCGGUGGCUCUGCAACUCGAUCUUUCUUGGAAUUGCUCAGCUGGCUUGGCUACAAACGUGACCCUGCCAAAGACCAGAUGCCGACAGCAGACGCCAUCUUCCUGGGCGCGCGCGAGCUCUACACCGAACUGGGGGGCGCCGUCAUUGAUAUCCCACUUUAUGUGCUCGAGCAGUUCCAGUCAUCAGAAACUCUUAUCGCGCAGGCUGAGGCCCUUGCACCGAUGCUCGCCCUUUACUUUGAGCGCGAACUCUUGCAGCAUUGCUUGCUCACUGUUUUCAUUGACAAUAUGGCAGUCCUCUGCAGUUACGUCUUGGGGACCUCCAGGUAUUCAGCUCUGCCAGUUGAGAUUCCCACUUUCAUGGCCGAAGAAUCACUUGCAGCUUUCUAUGGCAGAGUGGAACGAGUUCUGGUCAUGACGUCAGCUUCCUUUGACAUCCUGUUGGUCAAGAAGAGCACCACGAUCCAGCUGCUGGAGCGCUUCUACGACCCGAACAAAGGGGAGAUCCUGAUCAACGGUGUCCCGCAGCUCGGCAGGGAGAGGGGAGCUGGGGAGCGGGGUGCUUCGCUGCAGCUGCUCAGCAGCAUGUGCUCGUUUGCGGGCAAUCUCCGGGUGCGAGUUUGCGUGCAGUGGAGGCCGGAGACGGCUCAAUCAGCGACGAGGCAGAUCCUGGACACGCUGACCCAGCUGCCCAAGGGGCUGGACACCCUGGUGACUGGAGGGAAUUUCUCCGGCGGCCAGAAGCAGCGGGUGGCCAUCGCGCGGGCGCUGGCUCGAAGGCCGCAGAUCUUGCUACUGGACGAGGCUACAUCUGCCCUGGACAAUGAGUCCGAGCGGAUGGUCCAGGCGACCCUUGACUCCCUGGACGAAACAUACGGUCAAUCAAUCACGACAGUCUCCAUCGCGCACCGACUGACAUCCAUCGUGUCCUCCGACGCCAUCUACGCGGGCCAUGUCGCGGAGAAGGGCACUCACAAGGAGCUCAUGGCCCUCCAGGGCCAGUACUAUGCCAUGGCCUCGCUGCAGCAGCUCAGUGUCAAUUACUUGUGCUUUGCUGGCACCGUAGGUUCAGACAGGCAGAGGCAUAGGCGGAGACAGGCCGACAAAGCGAAGCGCCUCAUGUCCCUGGAGGCUGGUGGCAGCACUGUGUCGCUCGCGGCGGUGCAGCAGCGGACCAGCUAUUUCAGGAGCAUGUCGCAGUCCUUCGUCACGGCCAUUGCAGGGGACCCCAUACAGAACAGCAUGAUUUCCGAGGCAGGGCUCGAGCCUGACGAGCAGGCCCCAGUCCCUCCAGCUGUGAUGCCCAGGCUUUGCCGCGUGUCGCGGCCCUUCUGGAACAUCUUGCCCUUUGCCUUCCUCAUCAUUGUUAUCGAGGCUGUGGCCGCACCCUUUCAGGCGCUCCUCUUCACGACGGCGAUGAAAACGAAGAGUGAAGGCUACUACGAGAAAUCCGUCUCCGUCAUGUUAUUCAAGCUGGAUCGGGCCUGUCUCGGCCUUGCAUUGUUGGGCUUGGUCAUGGGCGGUUGCGUGGUGAUCAUGAACAGCAUCUUCACCUUCCUGCAGGAGAGCAUCAGCCUCCAGCUGCGCAAGUUGGCUUUUGGCGGCGUCAUCCGUAUGCACAUGGGCUUCUUCGACUCACCGGAGAACCAGACCUCAAGUCUAUUGGUCUCCCUGGAGAGGCACAUGAUCCGCGUGUCGCAGAUGUUCGGCGUGAACUUGUCCAACACCACCAUGGCGAUCCUGACAGCAGUGGUCUCCGUUCUAUUCAGUUUCCUUGGCUCCUGGUUCCUUGCCGCCAUUCUGCUGGGCGUCCUGCCCAUCUGCGGCUUCCUGGCCAUGACCGUGUCCGUCAUGGCCCAGAAGGCAAAAAAGGCGAGCGCAUCAGUUUGGGACCAGGGCUCAGAGGACUUAGGCGAGGAUUCUGUAGGCUUCUCUUUAACAUACCUCUGCAUGGGUGCGCAGGUGAUGGCAGACUUCAACAAGGGCGCUUCUUUCAAGAAGGCGCUUCAGUUUGCAAACCGGGGCUUAGGACUCGCGCGUUUUUGGUUUCCAAAUUGCGUCCUUGCAUUCUUGAUGUUGAGUGCCGAGCGGUGCGCUGUUACACCUCGGUGUCAAACAGUAGCAAACUGCAAGAAGCAGGCCUUUGCUUUCGGCUUCAGCACGGGCCUCGUCCAAACGGUCUACUUGGUGGGCUUCUGGCUCAGCGCGGUCAUGAUCGCCAGCGGCAAGUUUGAUGCGGAGCAGGUGCUCCUCACCCUCUUCUGCGUCACCUUCGGCCUUCAGAGCGUGAGCAUGAUCGCCAUGUACCUACCAGACUCCGCUUCUGGCACGAUCGCAGCUGCGGAGGUCUUCCGGCUCGUGGAUCUGGAGUCCAAGAUCGAUGCUGUGGAGCCCGAAGGGCGGAUUACUAGCCUGGGGGAUGGCACCAUCCGCCUGCAGGACGUGGUCUUCUACUAUCCGCACCGUUCCGAGGUCAUCGUCCUGAAUAAGCUGUCUCUCGAGGUCCGCCCAGGGCAACGGGUGGCCCUUGUGGGCUUCUCAGGCAGUGGCAAGUCCACGGUCAUCCAGCUCCUGCUGCGCUUCUAUGACCCCCAGCGCGGGGCGGUGACCAUCGGUGGCCAGAACCUGGCAAAUCUGGAUGUGGCCUGGUGGCGGAGUCAGGUGGCCCUGGUGGGGCAGGAGCCCAUCCUCUUCGACUUGUCUUUGGAGGAGAACGUGAAGUACGGAAGGCCAGAGGCAACACAUGAGCAGGUACUCUGGGCCGCCCGGGCCGCCAACAUGGACUACGCCCUGAACGGUACGCGGCGCUGGUCCGAGCGCGUGGGGCUCAAGGGCGAGAAGCUGAGCGGAGGCCAGAAGCAGCGCUGUGCGAUUGCGCGGGCCUUGCUGCGGCAGCCGAAGAUCCUCUUGCUGGACGAGGCGACUUCUGCCCUGGAUUCGCAGUCGGAGGUGAUGGUGCAACACGCCUUCCAGCAGAUCCGAGCCACCACCAUCACCGUGGCCCAUCGCCUCUCCACCAUCCGAGACUCAGACAAGAUUUUCGUACUGGCCGAAGGCCGUCUUAUUGAGCAAGGCACCUACAUGCAGCUGAUGGCCAUGCAGGGCAGCUUUGCCCAGCUUGCGGCCAGGAGCUUGUGA